UCUAUGGGAAGCUGUGCAAAUGGUGGUGGAUAUUACCAUUACUCGUACUCUGUUGUUCGUGGUUGUGACAGGAUUGUCCCAGUUGACAUUUAUGUUCCGGGUUGCCCGCCUACUGCCGAGGCCCUGCUUUACGGAAUCCUCCAGCUGCAGAAGAAGAUCAACAGGCGCAAGGAUUUCCUUCAUUGGUGGACCAAAUGAGAACAUUUUUACUUUAUUCCCUGCCUGCUUUGUUUGCAUACUUGUGGAAGAAGAAUAAACCGGACUCUGCUAGCUUUUCUUAGGUAAAGUAACCAUGUAAAGGAUGAGACCUGUUUUAACCUCUUUGUAUGUGAAUGUUAUUUCAUAUGAAUAUGUAAGGGACGAUUUUCAGUGCUGCUUGGGCCAAUUGCUUUAGGCUUGACUUGGAAAGUCGAGGAAUAAUUGCAUUUGAUGUAAACUUUUACACAUCUGCUGUGUUUCACACGUCGUUUUUUUUUUUUUAUAUAUAUUUUAACCUCCAAUUAGGGGGGUAGUUCCGGUUU